AUGGCGAAGGGGCUGUUGUUUCUGCUCGCCGGUGCGUUCCUGCUCGCCACGGCGCAGGCGCACGCGCCUCGCACGGGGACGCGCGCCGCCGCCGGCGGCGGCAGUAGCUGCUACGGCCGUUUCUUCGCGUUCGGCGACUCCAUCAUCGACACGGGCAACUUCAUCCACUACGCCGCCGCGCCGGGCUCCGUCGCCCGGCCGCCCUACGGCGAGACCUUCUUCCGCCGCCCCACCGGCCGAUGGUCCGACGGCCGCCUCCCCACCGACUUCAUCGUGGAGCGGCUGGGGUUCCCGUACUGGACGCCGUACUUGGCCGGGAAGACGGCGGAGGACUUCCGGUACGGCGCCAACUUCGCUGUGGCGAGCGCCACGGCGCUGAAGCAGCUGCUGUUCAGGGAGAAUAACCUCGACGUGAAGCAGAUCACGCCCUACUCCCUCAACGUCCAGAUCGAGUGGUUCAAGAAAGUGCUCGACACACUCGCCACCACAGAACACGAGCCGAAGGAGAUCAUGGCGAGCUCGCUGUUCCUGGUCGGAGAGAUCGGCUACAACGACUACAACCACCCCUUCUUCCAGAACAAGACGCUGGACUGGGUGAUGCCCCUGGUGCCCCGUGUCAUCGGGUCCAUCGUUGAGUCCCUGGAGGCCCUGAUCCAGCUCGGCGCCAAGACGCUGUACGUGCCGGGCAUCUUCCCGCUGGGCUGCGUUCCGCGCUACCUCUUCCUCUUCCGCGACAGCGACGCCGGCGACUACGACCCGACCACGGGCUGCCUCCGGUGGCUCAACGCCCUCGCCGAGCUCCACAACACCCUGCUGAAGGCGAAGCUGGCCGAGCUCCGCCGCGCCCACCGCCGGUGUGGAGUCUCCAUCGUCUACGUCGACUACUACGGCGAGGUCGCCGACAUCAUCGCCUCCCGGCGGGCGGCGCCGAACGGAGCAGCCCUGGACGCGUGCUGCGGCGGCGCCGGGCUGCACAACGCCAACUUCACCGUGCACUGCUCGGACCCGGGCGCCGUGCUGUGCGCCGACCCGUCCAGGUACGUGUCGUGGGACGGGCUGCACUUCACUGAGGCGGCGUACCGGGAGAUGGCCAGAGGGAUGCUCGACGGGCCGUUCGCGACGCCGGCCAUCAUGUCCGGGUGCAGCAAGUAGGCUACCAUAGUACCGUUCGGUUCAUGCCACGCAUGGGGGAGGGGAGAUCAGUGUUGGGUUGUUCGUUGCCAAUGGGAUCUUGUAUCUACAAGGCAGAUGCU